CGAGAGCAUGCGCGGGGCUCCCAAGGCUCCGCCAAACCAGCACCAGCCGGUGUGUCGCUCGCCUGGAAGACCGCGCAAAUGACAAGAGAUGGGCUGGCGGGGGGUUGGUGGGAGGAGAAGGAGGAGGUUUACGCCGAGGCGAACAACUCCUCUGGAGACGAAAGGGCAACGGUCGGGAGGGGAGAAUGGAGGAUAUAAGCCCCAACCCAGCCUCAGCUCCUCUGGCUUCCCUCUCCUCUUUCGCGCCAACAGGGAAAGGCUCCGGACGCUGAGUGGAACAUGCCUCUUGCAUCAAUGCUGGGGAAUCGGUGGAAAGCACCAGGGGCUGUACCGUCCCAAUUCUCGGGAGGCAUUGAGGAGUAAAACGGCCCCUUUCGGGGUACUUGACCAAAAAUGUAUGACAGUCACGAAGAUGUUGAUUCGGAUUCUGAAAAGAACUCCAAAGAGAGGGAGCAGAAGCUGAAUUCAAAUCCAGAUAUCGAUAGAGGAUGGGCUUGGAUGAUAGUCUUUUCUUCUUUCCUGGUGCAUAUACUCAUCAUGGGAUCACAAAUGGCUCUUGGAAUUCUUAACAUGGAAUGGCUUGAAGAGUUCAGUCAAAGUCGAGGGUUGACAGCGUGGGUCAGCUCCCUCAACAUGGGCAUUACUCUGAUUGUAGGUGGUAUUGGAAGUGGGAUGGUGUACCUGCCUGCUGUGGUCAUGGUGGGGGAAUAUUUUCAAAAGAGAAGGGCUCUUGCCCAGGGACUCAGCACAACUGGAACAGGCUUUGGUGCUUUCCUGAUGACAGCUUUGUUGAAAUAUCUUUGUUUGGAGUUUGGCUGGAGGAAUGCCGUGUUCCUUCAUGGCGCUGUCUGUCUGAACCUGUGUGUUUGUGGAGCACUUCUGAGGCCAAUUUGUUACAAGAAGGAAGCUACUGAACAAAGCAAGGAUGGAAGCAAGAGUCAAAGCAAUAGUCCAACAAAAGUUAUCUCCUGCUCUGCCGAAGUGCUAACAUCUAAUUGUGUUUUAAGAGAAGCCAAGAAAGAGGCCAAGGGAGGACAGGGUACAAAAGAAAACAUUAUAGCCUUGGAAAAUAAAGAUGGAAUCAGAGACCAAAAGGAAAUCUGUACUCUUGGUAUUCUAAAGCGAGUAGGCCAACUGACAGUCACAAGCCAGAAAGGCUUCAGGACCUGGUAUUCUAGUUACUUUGGAACUGCUUCUCUCUUCACAAACAGAACAUUUGCUGCCUUUGUAUUUUGGGCUUUAUUUGCCUAUAGCACUUUUGUGAUCCCUUUCAUCCAUCUUCCUGAAAUAGUGAAACAGUACAGGUUAUCAGCACAGAAUGACAUCUUUCCUUUGACUUCAAUUAUUGCAAUUGUUCACAUUUUGGGGAAGGUCGUCCUUGGCAUAAUCUCUGAUUUGCCUUGCAUCAGUGUUUGGAAUGUCUUCAUGGCAGCUAAUUUUACUCUUGUCUCUUGCAUUUUUAUUUUGCCAUUAAUGCAUACAUUUGCUAGCCUAGCAGUGGUUUGUGCCCUAAUAGGAUUUUCCAGUGGAUAUUUUUCACUUAUGCCUGUUGUCACUGAAGAUCUAGUAGGGAUUAAGCAUCUUGCAAAUGCCUAUGGAAUCAUCAUUUGUGCUAAUGGGAUAUCAGCACUCUUGGGACCACCAUUUGCAGGAUGGAUUUAUGAUCUCACACAAAAAUAUGACUUUUCUUUCUACAUAUGUGGCUUCCUUUAUAUGGUGGGAAUACUUACUUUGCUCAUUCAGCCUUAUAUAGAUAAGGAAAAGCCAGCAUCAGAAAAACAUAUAGAAAAUGGAAAUGUUUAGAACUGUUCAAUUCAUGUUUUUAUGGAAGAAAUCUUGCAUUUCUGAAGGAAGUAUCAAAUUAUAUAUCUGAUGGAGAUAACAGUGUUAAACAAAACUGAACAUAUCACCCCUUAUACUAAGGUGCAUGUCAACCAAUAAUUGAACACUAAUUUUUGUGAAGUUGGAGGUAAAAGGCAGGAAACAAAGAGCUUGGGUAUGGAGUGAUCAUUCGCCACCAAACACCAAAUAGAAGGCCAGUGUAAGAAAAAGUCUGUUUGAAUCUUGGUGCUUGCAUAUAAAUAGUAUCGGGUUCCUAGUUUGAUAGAAUGGAUUUUCAUCUUUCUGCAAUUGCUUACUGCCAUAAUAAGAUAUCGAGUACAAAUUCCUUUGAGACUGCAGAGUUCAGCAGGAAGAUUAUUGCAAGGGGCCAAAACAUAUAUACUUGACAUUUUUCCUUAUUUCUGAUCCAGUGAAAGAAAGACAAGUUCGGAUUUUCUAGGCCAAGACCAUGGUUCCUGACUUGCUUUUGCUAUCCUGUUUACCAUGGGUUAGAUUUUAAUGCUUUGCUCCAAUAUCAGUAUCAAAUGGCAACCUAGAAAGAUCAGUCCAUUCAAUGAACCAUCUGCUAAUGGACUGGAAUGUACCAUAGUUCAACACACCAGUAAUCCUAGUGCAGUUUCCAAUUGCUUUAGGAACUGUUGUUGCAAUAGCUACUAUAAUUACAGUUUUCCAUUGUUCUUUCAUUUUGCCUGGCAAAUAUGAUGGGAAUGUGGGCAAAAAAAUAUGAUCUUUUCACACUCAGUAUGAAGUACAGUUUUAAAAAAACCAGUGGAGAAAUGACUACAGAUCACUUCUUCAUAAGAUUUAUAAUAGUAUUGAAUAAGGGAUGGUGUAUAAAACUUCCCACCACUUCAAAAUAGCCUAGAUGUGGUUAAUGAUGAUAAUUUUGUAAUGUGUUUGAAGAGUGUUUUUGAUAAUUCUGCUAAACUGAAACCAUAAAAUCAACUGCCUGUGACAAGAUAACUGCUUGAUGAAUGCAUAUGUGGUAGACUUUCAGAUAUUAGGUCAAGAUUUGAACUAGAAUGUAAAGGGAGUAAACCACCAGUUUAAAGAGGGCCUAGCUGAUGAGUUAUGGGAUGAGUUCACUGGACAGGGAAUCUCAGGGAUCCUGUCUGUGUUAAUCUAAUUCUGAAUUUGAAAACAGAAGACUCAAAGAAUCAUGGCAACGCUACUGUGAAAAAGGAAAAUCUCACCGUUCUCUUGUCUUGUUUCCUCUUCUUGCUCAUCACAAUAUUCUAAUGGCAAUUGAUAGCUAGCAGGAAGAGUCUUUCUGUAAAAGAAAAACAAUACUGGCAUGCAAAAGAAUUGUCCUUGUACUGUUAAGAAUUGAGCCAUUUUGCUCAGGAAUGUCUUGCUUAGUCUCUCCUUCCUGGUGUAACAAUUAAGUUCUAUAAUUAAGGAGAAGAGAAAUACUUUGCAAACAGAUUCCGUACACACUUCAGAUUUGGGCUAGUUAGAAAACAAGUUUGUCAGAGCUGAGGAUUUCUAAAAAAAUUAUGAAGGGUCCAGGGUUUUGACCAUAGAUAUCAACAUUUGGCCCUUUGUUUCUAUGGAGCUUCUUAAUCAUUCAGGUCAUGGUUGUCCCAAAGGUGUUUUUCAAAAGGAACCUAGACUUUCUUGGGGUUCCCCCCCUUUAAAGAUGUUUCGCUUCCCAUCCAAGAAGAUUAUUCAGUUCUCUCUUCUUCAAACUAAAGAAGCUUCUUGGAUGAGAAGUGAAAUUUCUUCAAGAAAAAAACAUCAAGAAAAUCCAGUUGCCUUUUGAAAAGCACCUUUGGAAUGAUUUGGUCCUUUGUGUUACUCUUAAGACUUAAAUUUGCUAUGUAAUAUAACUGUCAGCCCUGAAGCAGGCCUGACUGAGGCCAGUUUUCCAAUAUAUUCUAGUACUACGGGCAAUUUUAUCUCUGUAAUCACACACUACUAUGCCUUGCCUUUUCAGCAUAAUAAAUUGCCAAUGUGGAUGGAAAUAUCAGUGACAAGCUCUUAAGAUCUGGCUCAGUUACUGAGUGCACAGAAAUUUCUAUUAUCAUUAUCAAGAACUUAAUUAUUUUAAUUCGACAACCUGAUGCAUUUUUCUAUUGUCUUGGCAAUUGCUUCACUUCAGAUUCAUAAUGUGUGCAUUCAUUGGGACCAAGAAAGCAUUAUGUUUGACUUUCAGUUAUCUUAGAUUCAUGGAUUUCAAGAUCUGACUCACUCCAUCGGUUAGACUUCAUCCAAGUUAUUUUAUCUGCCUGGUAUUUUGACCAAAAAAACAUUUUGUGAAGUAAAAAAACACAGAAUUUACUCUCCCAAUGGUUUUGUAAAACUAUAAUUGUUUCUAGAACUAAGAGCUGAGCAAAAUGUUUAUAUCUGGAACUCAAUUGGUGUGCCUAAAUGAAUUUAUUGAUGAUAAAUUGUAAAUGGAAUGCAUGGCUAUCAUUACUUUUUAUUAUUAUUUGUUUUAUCCUAUUUUCUUUUUCACUGUCUUGAAUGUAAACUAUGAGGGCGAUUUAGAAGUACUGUAAAAUAAGCAAUUAAAUGGAUUUUGUUCACCAGUCUUCUAUGUCAUCUGGAGGCUUUGUCUUUAUUUUAAUGAACAAAAGAAACAUCUCUUCGUGUAGUUUAUAGUUUUAGAUCUGGAACUCUGUUACCUUCUUUUACUUAUUUCUGAACUUUUAAAAAUAGAUAGACAAAACCUACAUUUUUAAAACAAAUUGUAUUUGGGAGAUUUUAUAUCCUAACCAUAUGAAAGAGAUGCAUAAAUAUUUAACGAUAUGCCAGUUACAGGUUUCAAUAUAUUGUAAUGGAACUCAGUUUGGCCAAUUUUCCUGCAGUCUUCACGCAACUUAUGAAUCACUCUCUUCCUUUUUGACAAAUACCUAUCUAGUUAACCUGGAAAUUUAUUCUGAAAAAUUAGAUGAAUGUUUUGCACACAGACUUCAAAGUUAUUGCUAAC